AGGUGGAAUAGCAAUUCAUAGCACUAGAUCGACAAGAGCUGGUCAAUGUACGAUCCUCAUCCUCACGGGAAACCCCGAGAGCAUGACCAAGAACAAGAGGUAAUUCCUGCGAUACGGCUGGAUGACGCCGAAUGGAAGAUCAUACAGCAAAACACAUUCACGCGCUGGGUUAAUAAUCAUCUCAAAAAAUCUGGCGACUCCAUUCAAAGUCUUGAGACAGAUUUCUCAGACGGGUUGAAGCUAAUAAGCCUUGCCACUGUGCUUUCUCAGAAAAAUGUCGGCCGAUACAAUAAAAAGGUCAAUUUUCGCUCGCAAAAACUCGAGAAUGUAUCGCUUGCUUUAAAGUUCUUCCAAGAUGUAGAGCACAUCAAAAUUGUAAAUAUCGAUAGUUCACACAUCGUAGAUCAAAAUAAGAAGCUCAUUCUUGGUCUCAUUUGGACUCUGAUUCUCCAUUAUUCGAUAUCUAUGGGAUGGGUGCAGGAGAGGAAUGAGGGUCAACCGGAAGAAACGCCGAAGCAAAAGUUGUUAAAUUGGAUUCGUAGUAAAUUACCAUCUGGCAUGCCGCUUACCAACUUCACCUCAGACUGGAAUGAUGGCAUUGCUGUCGGAGCAUUGGUGAAUGCUCUAGUGCCGGGAGCGGCCACGGAUUGGGAUCAAUGGGCUCCAGAGAAUGCACUUGAAAAUACGCAGAAAGCCAUGAAGAUCGCUCAAGACAGGCUUGGUGUGGAACCACUGAUCACGCCUGGUGAGCUGAUUCAUCCGGAGAUUGAUGAAAUGUCGGUAAUGACGUAUCUGUCACAAUUCCCAGCUGCCAAGUUGGAUGAAGUAAAGAAAGUGCUUCCUGAAGAACCAAUAGCUUCUGGAAGUUUGAUGGAUUUGAAUGCUUUCCCUGUGGUCAAUAUGCCGACUGAAUUUGUAGUCAAUAUAGUUGGAGACGGCUACAAGCCAAAGAUGAAAAUCAUUGAUCCGGAUGGGCGUGAAGUGCAUUAUACGGUCGCUGAAGAAGAUCCGCACAAGUUUAUCAUCACCUAUACUCCAUUACGUGACGGAAUCUAUCAUAUCUCUCUAGCCCUCAGAGAUUUAGCAUUAGGAACUGUCACACCCGUAGAAGGAGUUACUCGGACCAUUGAAGCCCUGCCUAUCGUUCGCUUGUGUUCGUAUCCAGAACGAGUGCGGGUUGGUGAUCCUGUGCCUCUGCGCGUAGAAGGAGCGAUCAGAGGAUCAGUUGAAGUAGUGGUAGUUGAUGCUCUUGGAGGAGAACAUCAGUUAGCUGUCAUAGAAGGAUCCAAUAGAGGUGUCUUCGACUGUGAGUACACACCCAAACACCCCGGCCUGCAUACAUUGAACGUCUUCUACAAUCGAAUGGCUAUUCAUGGAAGUCCAUUCCCCUUGAGAGCUGCUGACAGAAAUAACUUCUUCAUAUGGGGACGAGGGAUCAACGAUGAUGGAAUUCGAGUCAAUGACACUGUCCCCGUCUACGUUGAUAAUCGGGAGCCAUCAUCAGAACAUGAAAAUGACAUCAAAGUCAAAGUUGUGACAGACUCUGGUCUUGAGUUACCUGUCCGCCGAAACAAAGAAGGCUUGCGAUCUACGUUUAUUUAUACACCUACAAGCACAGGCAAACACCUCGUAUACGUGACGAAUAACAACGAACCUAUAGGCCAAUCACCAUACAAGGUAAAUAUCUCGCCACCAACAAACUCCCGUGUCAGAGCAUUUGGACCUGGAUUGGAAGGUGGCGUAGCCGAGCAGCAAGGCGUUUUCAGUGUGGAAACAAAUGGCGAUGCGGACAGGCUAGCAUUCUCCAUUGAGGGGCCGAGUAAAACCGAAAUUGUUUGCCAAGAUCGCGGACAAGGUGCAGCACUUGUUGCUUAUACGCCGAAGGAACCGGGAGUGUAUAAAGUCAAUGUCCUAGCUGGCGGUGACCAUAUUGUAGAAUCCCCAUUUGUCUUGAUGGUCGAUCCACCUCAUCCUGGUUUCCAACCGUCGGCAGCUAAUCUAACAGGGCUGGAGCCAGAGAUGCAAUUCGCGCCUGGUGAAGCCAUACCGUUCCGAAUUGAUACACGGAACACUGGAGUGGUGGAUGUUGCACCUCGAGUAGAAGUUCUUGACAAAGAUCUCGCACUAUUACCGAUAAAUGGAUCUCAGAUCAACCCUGGAAUUUAUGGUUACAGCUUUACACCCAAGAAAAGUGGAAAAUAUCAUAUUUGCGCUAGCCUUAAUGGUGUGGGAAUUCCUGGAUCUCCUUUCCCGGUGAACAUUCGCGAACCUGUGGACCUCACAAAACUGAGAAUAUUCGGACCUGGUGUUGAUGGUCCCGUUAUAUGUCAAGAACCAACGCAUUUCACAAUCGAUGCUCAACAAGCUGGACCUGGUGCAGUAGAGGUUGCUCUUGCUGACAGGACUGGCAAAGCAGUUGCUAUCGACGUGCUCGAUAACAACGACGGUUCAUUCACGGUGAAGUACACAGCUCCAAGGCCAGGAGCCUAUCAGCUCAACGUCGUAUUUGCCGGCGCUCGAGUGCCACCAAUAGAAAUCAACGUGGAGCCGCAAGUGGACACGUCUGGCAUCAGGGUCACUGGCCUUGAAAAUGCCAUCGUCACGGUGAACUGCGAGCAAGAAGUACACGUAUUUACACCAGAUGGAGACAACACUCGCAUUGUGAUAACUAGUCCCUCGGGAAGCAUCGUGGAAGCACUGAUCGAAUCUACCGAUACCGGAUUGCGUGUUUCUUUCACACCGUCCGAAAUUGGCGAUUACAGCAUAUCCGUCACCUAUCAAGAUCUACCCGUUGGCGGACCUUACCUGCUCCACUCAGUGCCAGAUGGAAACACAGCUGAGGCGGAGUAUGUGGUGGCAAGGAGUGGUCCACCUCGUGCAGAUCUGGUGACAGUGACGGGACCUGGACUGGGUCCUGUGAUCGCUCAGCGCUCAACUCACGUCUUCAUUGAUACAACGUCCGCAGGAUUCGGUGAUAUAGAUCUUUUCGUCGAUGGACCAACAAGAACACCUAUUCACUGCGUUGAUAAUCACGAUGGAACUCUGACGAUGUACUAUGUGCCAAAAACUCCCGGAGUUUACUAUCUACGAGUGAUGUUUGAUAGUAAUCAUAUUUCUGGAAGUCCCUUCCAAGUACUGGCCGUACCGGCUAUGCUAGCCUCGUCAUUGACUGCUGAUCAUGAAAAAACCGAAAGCUCAUUUACCUCGCUUUCUAGCGGAUCGUCUACUCCAAAAACUACCCCUUGUGUUUAGCAGAUGUCGUCAA